AUGCUUGGGCAGGCGACUUGCGGAGCUGUUUUUGCUCUGGGUUCCUGGGCCUGGGGCCUAGGGUACCUCUGUCCCUCGGACACCUCAGUCUUAUGCUCAAAGAACCACCCCUAGACUUCAGAGGCGGUCACGGGAGGUGGUCUUAGGCCCCAGGCCCCUUCCGAUGCCUCCUCUGUGCUUUCUCCCGCCCGCCUGCGCCCACCACCCAGGCAAGGUUAAGUUUGUAAAAGCUCCUUUUGAAUCUCCCAGAGUUUUAUCUGGAGGGCCGUCUAAAUCACUUCGGAGGCUGUUGGCUGAACUCAGUAAAUAAACACAGGGAGCCCUGGGGGCAAUGUGACUUACGGUCUCCUUGUCAUUUACCCCAGAAUGCACAUCAACGAACAGUGCCUGCCAUUCUAAGGGGCUCUUUGACUCUGAACACACACAGAGUCUCCUCCUGGGCUGAUUCCCUGCACGCUGGCAUUUGGCUUUCUGUAGAGAGCCAGCAUCAGCCAUGGCCAGGGUUAAUUCACUAUGGUGGGGACAGUGCCAGGGUUGUCUGGGCUCAGGACCCAGGGAUGGUGUGGCUGCCCCCAUGCGUCCAUAUGGAGGGCAGGAGGGAUCUUGCUGGUGGGAGCAGGAUUUAAAUGCUUCGAGGUGACACAGGGCAAGAUGACUGUCCCCAGUCACGAAAUCAUCUCACUGGAGUGCUUGGGGGAGGGGGCAGGGCCAAGCGUCCGCCUUGCCUCGCAGAACAACAUUUUGGUUUUCACACUCACCACUGAAAAGUCAUUAAAUUGAAAGG